AUGCCCGAAAAUUCUACAAUGUGCGAGUUUGGACCGUUUUUCGCAAAUUCGUCAAACAAUGAUGCUGCAAUUCUGAAGCAUUGUGCAUUAAAUGAUGAACAACAUAUCUUAAAUUGGUUACGAUCUGAUGAUUUGAUUGUGCUCGAUCGAAAGUAUUCAUGGUUCCGUGAUAUUGUAAACACUCUUACUCGGCUUUGUUUGAAAGUUGCUAUGCCUGGUUUCUUACAUAAUGAAAAGCAGUUUUCACCCGAUGAACCUAAUCGGACUAGACUUGUUACGAAGACAAGAUGGGUGAUCGAGAGCGUUAAUGGUAAAAUAAAAAAUUGGAAGUUUUUUGCACAUACAGUUGAAAAUACAUCUUUACCAUAUGUUGGAGAUUGUCUCGACAUCAUAUGUGCACUCAUUAACAAAUAUCACUGUCCGGCCAUCGCAAACAAAGAUGAAGGUCAUCGAAUCGCUAGUCAAAUGCGUGAGAUGUGGAAUGUCGAAAGUCCACUACAAAAUAUCUUGAAGAAUUAA